AUGCUGUCGCCUUGGCUGGAGGCGUUUCCCUCGACGGCUUCGCAGAUUAUCGAAGAGAUUGACCACUGCGCCGGGUUCAAAAUCUCCGACGUCAUACAGAAUGGCCCGUCCAAAGUGCUCACCCAGACGACCAUGGCCCAGCCGGCCAUCAUGGCCACGUCCAUCUUCAUACUGCGUAUCCUCGAGCGCGAGUUCAAUUUCCGAGUUGCCGACCAUUUCGACUUUACGCUGGGCCAUUCCCUGGGCGAAUUCACUGCAUUGGUCGCUGGAGGAUACAUUGCCUUUGAGGACAGCUACUAUUUAGUGCAGCGGCGUGCGGCUGCGAUGUCGGAGGCGACGAAGAAGGCUAUACAGGAGUAUGGAGGCGAGUACGGCAUGGUGGCUGUGAUUACAGAACCGGAAUAUCUACAAGGCCUGAUCAAGGCGAUUCGGGAUUUCGUCGGGCACUCGAGCGAUGGGAGCAAAUCGGAGAGCAACCAAGAUGUACCGCCGAUUGAGCAGGUGUUGAUCGCCAACAUCAACAGCAAGAACCAGAUCGUGUUGAGUGGUAACAUGGAGAGAAUCAAAAUGCUUAUAGCGCAUGUUCGCCAGUUCCUGGGCCACGACCCACGAGCGGUGCGACUGCACAGCGACAGCCCCUUCCACAGCCCCAUCAUGAAGCCUGCGGUAACUGUCAUGAAGACGCUGCUGGAGAAGAAGAGCCGCGUCCCAGGCCGAGAAAACGAGGAUAUCGUUACAUUCCCAGGACUGAUGCCGUGCAUCAGUAAUGUCUCUGCCAGACCAUUCCAAAGCAAGGAACAGCUAAAGGAUCUCCUGGCGAGAGGAUGCCUCGAGACGGUUCGAUGGUGGGCGGCAAUCAAGUACCUCGACCAAGAGGAGAAAGUCCGGCGAUGGGUUGGUAUCGGCCCCGGCAAAGUGGGCAGAAACCUGGUAGGAAAGGAGGUGGGCAUGAGAGGAAAGGAUCUCGUCAAGGGAGGAGGCGUAUGGGCGAUUACAGACCCGUACGAGGUGGAAGAGGUGCUACGAGGAUUAGAAGAGACGGCAAAUAUCUUAGAUGAUGAAGAUGAAUGA